UUUCAUUCUUUUCCACAUAAAUAAAGAAGAACAAGAAGGCGUAAGCACGAUGAGCACGCAAACUUCUCAGACUUCUACUACGAGAAUUAAAGAGCUGCGCUUGCCGAUUUCAAGAGUGAAGACUAUUAUGAAGAGCUCGCCUAGUGUUGAUACCGUCGGACAGGACGGCUUGUAUCUUGUUACAAAAGCUACGGAACUUUUUAUACAUUACCUGACAGAGGAGGCCCAUAUGCAAAGCAACAAGGGAUCAUCUCUGGAUUACAAACACCUGGCGGAAGUGGUGCAGACUAACGACACGCUGGAGUUUCUACGAGAGAUAAUGCCCAGGAAGAUCACGGUCCGACAAUUUAAAGAAAUGAUGGCAGCCAAGGAAGCAUCCCACAGCAGUAGUAGCAGUAGCUCCUCGGAGAGUAGCUCAGAUUCGGACAGUGAUAGCGACUCUGACACAGAUUCGUGUUCAGACAGCGACGAUACAAAGGGAGACAACGGGAACUCAUCAGGCAGCGAGAGAGAAAGUGAAACCAAGGAAAAUGGCGCUUGUCAUUCGGAUAGUGAUAAAAGUGAGAGCAGUGUGAAAAGUGACAGUGAAGAAAAUAAGAGAUGAGAACGUACACGUUUUCACACACUUUGGACUAAUUAUUUAACAAAACUUGAUUUAUCUCGUGUCCUUUUGGAAAAUUUUCUUUACAGAUCUCUGUAUUAAGAUUAUAACGUUUGUGUUUAUUAGCAGACAUAAAGCAAACACAGUGAUA